AUGGACGAUCCAACGCAGGAACUUGUCAAUUCCGAUGCAAAUGCAAAUGCGACGCAACCAGAUCAUAGCGUUCUGUCCGACACGCAACGCGACCGGUCGGUCACGCCCUCGGUUGAUGAGGAAUCGGAUCGUCGUGCAGAAAAUGAACCAUCAGCCGCAGCUAAACCAAAACGAAAACGGUUAACACUUCAAGAGCGAUUGGCACUCGCUGCAAAGGGAAAGAAGAAUUCCAAUGCAGACGGGACUGCAGAUCCACCUGUAUCUGUAUCUGCAUCUAAAUCUGCAUCUGCAUCUGCAUCAUCUGCAUCUACUGUUGGAGACACACAGACGCAUGCGAAUACCACAGCGCAUACAACGCAUACCCCACCACAAACGCAAACCUCAAUGCAACCAAACGCUUCAGAUCCAUCCCAUUCACCUUCCAUGCAUACGUCAAAUUUGACACCUGCAGCCCAAACUGCUAUUUACCCCGAAUACGAAGCUUUAAAGAAAAAGUAUGAUUCACUUGUGGAGGAAAACCGACAGCUUAAACUGGCCCCCAAACCACAGUCCAAUAAAGAGUUGAUUGCAAAAAUUGACAAACAAAAUAUCACUAUAGAACAGCUUCGUCAAGAAGGUGAAGCACUUUCACUCAAAGAACUCAAACUCAAUGAAACAAUAAAAAAGCUUCGGUCUCACAAUUCGAAUUUGGAAUCGUCUUUGCGAGACUAUGCCAGUAAAGAUGAAGAUUCUAAUGUCAAAAUGGUUCAAAUGGAGCAGGUUUUAAAGACACAUCUGGUUAAAAGUAUUGAUCAAUGGGUAGAAAAAUAUGAGGAAAUGAAGCGAAAUCUUGAGGAAACGUCUGCAGCACUUGGUGCUAUUCGUGAGCAACACUGGGAGGAUAAAUACAAGGAACUGCAGCAACUAUAUGAAACUGAAUUAUGGGAAAAAAAGCAAGCUUUGAAAGAAGUGAGCGAUCUCACCAUCCAGUUUGAUAUGGCCAAGAAGCAACGAGACCUUGAUUCCGAGUCAAAAAAUACCAUUAUUGCUGAAUUGAAGAGAGAAUUACAGGGAAAGACAAAAGAAAAAACUGAAGAAAUUUCACGACUUGAACGUAAAAUCGAACUGCUUCGUCUUCAAAGUGAAGGUGGACAUCAUUUCGAAAGUGAAGAUUCUUCGCAAGUGAAACAGAUAGACUACAGUGAAUUUCUGAAGCUUUCGGAAAACCACCAUAAUCUUCAACAACAGUAUCUUUCGUCGCAGGAAAACUGGAAGUUGAUCGAGUCGAAUCUUGUUGCGAAAAUCGAUACUCUCACCGUGUCGAUCGAAUCUCUCAAGAAGUCGAAAACCAAGCUUUCCCUGGAUCUCAGGAUACUCCAAGCAAACUUGAGUAGCAAAUCUGACGAGCUCGAUACAGUUUUGAAUGAGGCGAAGAAAAUGCGAGGAACCAUCGACGACUUGAAUUUCCAAAUUCAAUUGAAAGACGAAACAAUUGCAGAUUUGGAAGACAAGCUCGGCAAGAUCCAAGAAAUACACAACAAGGAGCGCACUUCACUCAUGCAAAAAAUAUCAAAACUUAGUGAAAAAAAAGAAGUCGACAAUUCUCGCAACAUGCAUCUCAAUCUCGAUCCCGUUCUGCGGCCCACUAUGUCUCCACGAAACAACAGCUGGACAGAGAUCCGGCUUGGUGAGUCCUGUACCACCCCCUCAAUGUCCAGGCAUACUUCUCUGGUAUUUAUCCAUCAAAAUCCUUCGCUGACUUCGUUCGACGUCGCAGACGAUACCUUCGACGACACCUCUCUCGGAGCCAUUGAGGUCGGAGAAACGUCCAACCAUGUUCCCAGCUCCGCCAGCUUCACGGGAAAGAUGCCUACUCUGAGUCUAACCUUGAGUGGAGGAAAUAAUAUCCAGUUGAUUAACAAGAUGAGCUCGACGAUUCGGCGACUCGAAAUAGAAUUGGUGACCAUUCGUGAGGAAAGCGCCCAACUUGCCGAGGAAAAAGAACAGCUUCAGCAGGAGCUUCUUACGAAGAUCAAGCUUUCCAAUGAGAACGACUCGCUCAAAGAAGAAAUUGCAAAUCUUCAGUUGCAACUUGCCGAAAAAGACGAUCAGGCCCAGACCAUGCUAGAAUUGAUUGGAGAAAAAUCCGAGCGAGUCGCAGAAUUGGAGGCUGACGUGGAAGACCUCAGAGGCCUCUGCAAGCUCCAGGUACAACAGAUGAUGGAAAUCCAGGGCAAGUAG